CUAAAUGCAUGUCAUGAAGGACAUAUUUGUAAACAUCACUUCAGCUCCAGUUUCUUUCAAAAGAGCAAGGCACAGAUGAGCUGGGCGGAGAAGGGGAAGGAGGGAGUCUCGUCCGAGAGCGCAGGCGGGCAUCUGCACAUUUCACAUCUGGAUGGACUUUAGGCAGGGGGGGAAAUGGCUCUUCAGACGACAAGAAUACCGGAGCUGAGCACCGCCUUCCCAAACGGAAGCCAAAAUGACACAGUUGAAAAGAGCUGCAUCGAUCCAAACGUGUGGGAUGCGCUCACUAGCAGCCAACCCAUCUACAUGGGAGUCGUCACCGCGUUUGGAGUGGUGUUGAACGCCUUGGUGCUGCUGGUGUUCUGCCUGCACAAGAAGGCGUGCACCGUGGCCGAAAUCUACCUGAGCAACCUGGCGGUUGCCGACCUCAUCAUGGUGUCCUGCCUUGCCUUUUGGGCCGUCAACAUCGCCAACGAUUUCGACUGGCCUUUCGGUCUGGCCAUGUGCAAAAUGGUCAACACGGGUAUCAAGAUGAGUGCCUACGGCAGUAUCUACUUCCUGGUUCUGGUGAGCCUGGAUCGCUACGUGGCGUUGGUUCACCCGAUGUCGCACGGCAGAAUGCGUCGGCCCAAGUAUGCCAAGCUGGGCUGUUUGCUAGUGUGGGGCUUCAGUUUGUUCCUGGGCAUCCCGACGUUGGUCUUCAGGGCGGUGAAGUACUUCCCGGAGUACGGCGUGCGCGCCUGCGUCUUGGAUUUCCCAAGCCGCACGGUAAUGCUGCUCUGCGACGCCAUGCUAAUUUGCGUUAGCUUCAUCAUCCCGAUUGCCAUCAUCUCAUUCUGCACCGUCAAGAUCAUCCAGGCGUUGAGCAAGCGCUCGAUAGAGAGGUUCAACGGCGAGAAGAGCGAGCAGAAGGCCACCACGUUGGUGUUGGUGGUCCUGGUUGCCUUCCUCAUCUGCUGGUUACCAUUUCACAUCUUCACAAUACUGGAUGUGCUCAUAAAGGCCGGCCUGAUGCGAGGGUGUCAGCUGGAAGCAGACAUAGACAUUUGCAGACAGUUUUUUGACUACUUGGCCUUCUUCAACAGUAUCGUCAACCCCAUCCUCUACGUCAUCGUCGGCAAAAACUUUCGGAAAAAGGCUCGGGAAGUGUGUAAGCAGUGGCCAGUCGGUAACGCGACGACCGUGUCCAUGCGUUCAAACACUUCUGCAACACUGAGGACGUUUACAUAAAAAUCGAAUUCGUCAAGAGGCGAGAACUCCCGUUGUCAUAAAAGGAGGGCGAUGGUGCCCAAAAACAGAUUUUCAUCUCAGCCCAGAUCAUUUUUCAUCUGGAAACGCCUUUUUGCUGGCUGACUUACUACUUUUCAAUAA